UUUCAUCAGGACCUCAGAACAUCUGGCUUACCGACCUAUUCAAGAAGAAGCUUACAAGGAAUUCUCCUAUCCCUUGAACUUGGAUGAUACUGUUGGCUUCCACAGAUGGUUACAACCGGCUUUCUACAAAGGAUCAUUUUUACUUUUAUUCUCAGCGUGUCUUUAGUCGUAUUUCUGGUAUUUGCAUACUUUAAAAAAUUACAGCGAUCCAUUGGUAUCAGGCUAGGAAUUCAGGAGGUACCGGAGACUUCUCCAUACCCUGAGAUGAAAACCCGCAAGAUCACAAAUAAUUGUAUUAUUACUCGAUUUCAUACUUUCGAUCAUGGAGACUCUUUAACCUUUCAGUUGAAUGUCUCUUCUUUAUCGGAGUCUAGAUGCUGCGUUCUCAGUGAUAUUCCCAUAGAGGAGCUUCACCAUUUUCUGCUUGCAGACCACAAUCUUUUGCUGAAUUUCUGUAAGGCAAACUCUACCCUCACACUCUCAAUCUCGUGAGCGAUCGCCGCUACGAAUUCAUGCACUUUAGUUCUGGAAACAGCGAACUUGCUUUUGAGGUUGAUAAGUCACUAUCUUCAAAAAACUAUGCCGACAAAAGAUUCCACUGCCCGAUACUUCUUGCUGUGAUAUCGGAUUCUGUGGGGAUCGAUGAACAAAUCCUUGUAGCUUGCCACAUUAUUCAUGUUGGAUUGGAAGGCGGGCAGCCUGAUACGACCAUCCUGCAUACAUUUUGGAAGACCAACUGGAACCGGUUGUUAACACCACAGGUCCUCUACGCCGCCAGAGGAGAUGGAGAACCAAUUGAGGGAAAUGGUUUGAUCUCUUCUAACUCAUCCGGGCGUUCACCUUGGAAACCCUGUUGCUUGAUUUGUCUUUCGCCAGUCGAGGGAUGGUUACACGUCUUCCUUCCUUGCCGGCAUGCUGGACUUUGUACGAAUUGCUUCAGGUCAUUUAACCGCAGGAAGUAUCCGAUUACUCCGAACGAUUUGUGUUGUCCCAUCUGUCGGAGCCUGGUUGUCUGUUCAUUGCAUCUUCUGUUUGAAGGGGGCAUCAGAUGAAAUCCUUUCUGAAUCCUGUGUUCAGUAACAUGCUAACUUUGUUCGAGCUGAUCUGUGUUCUGCGCCCUUCUCUACACCAAAAUGUGUGUAUCACUUCCACCCGAGGUACAUGAAAUUGACUCGUAGGCACAAUGUUGGUCUACCACAAAAACUGUAACUGUUAAGUCAAUUCGUCUCUCACAUUACUAUCACAAGCACCAAAGUCAUCAAGGGAAUUAAGCACAGUGUACUUUGCUGAUACUCUGACUUCGUGGAUUCUGCCCCCCCUCCCCCCGGAAAUAUUUAGUGAAACGACGCAAAGACCAUUCUAACUACUGGCCAUUACAUACUUGCUUCGCCUGGAUGACUGCUGUAUCGAUGGAUGGCGGUACUCGUGUCGUGC